AUGACCGCUCCGGAAAAGAAGGGCAUUGAUCAUUUGACUGGAUUUGCUGACACAAUUACCGUCCUGUUUCUAUCACGAGCUUUCCAUGGCAUAGCUGGUACUGGAAUCGAAAUCUCAGGAAUUUCUUACCUGGCCGUGAGAUACCAAGAUGACGAGAAUUUGAAAGGAUUCGUUCUGGGAAUGGUGAUAAGUAGUUUUGCUUUCGGAACACUUAUUGGUCCAACUAUAGGUUCGGUUAUGUAUGGCUUGAUCAGCCAGUCUGCUCCAUUCCUUGCCAUUUCUGUUAUAAUCCUAGCGUCUCUUGUGUUCACUCCAAUGGUCAUGCCCAUGAAUGUAACAGUUCCAGUCACUGAGAGUUCUCCAUCCGCCAUUACCCUUGUAAUGAAUCCUUGUACACUAUUGGUAUCAGUUCUUGCUUUGACGACCACGUUGGGUAUAGCCUUCACCAAUGCAACUCUUCCAAUAUGGCUCAAAUCAUCGUUCAAGACACCAGAAUGGGAAAUAGGUUUGAUUUUUGUGCCAACAAGCGCCGCUCACAUUGUAUCAGGGCCUCUUAUCGGAUAUUGGAGUAAAACACUGAAAAGGUGGCGAUGUAUGUUGAUUGGGUCACUAGCAAUGGCUAUUGGAAUUGCAACGCUUCCGCUUUGCAUCAUGAUCUGGCAGCUUAUUCCGUCUAUGACCCUAGUUGGAUUUGGCUUUGGUACUGUUGACAGCACUCUAAUAGGGAUAAUGUAUCGCAUUGUAGAUGUAUGGCAUGAAGGAGCUCAGAGCUCGGCUGCUGCAGUGUUUGUCUUUGAGUUUUGCCUGGCAUAUACAAUAGGCCUACUUACUUCUGGUACUAUCAUUGGAUUUAUUGGAUUUAAAUGGACUAUGUGGAGCUUGGCAAUAACCAUCGUGGUCUCUUCGCCAUUUUGUUUACUGCUCAGUCGAAUCCCAGAAGAAAGAGAAACCGAGCAACCGUUAUUACCGAAACCAGAAGUCCUAUUACCAUCAUGCCUACCAACGACAAUAGAAGAUAAACCACAGCCAUUGCCCGAUGAAUCUACACACUUAAUUGAAGGAUGAUAUAUUCAGAGGGACUUAUCUAUGCCACCUGGAUUUUACGACUGAAUUCCAGCAUUGGUCGUCCUCAAAGUCAUAGACCUCAGAUGGAAAUGAUUUUGUUACCAAUUCAAUAAACAUAAACAUUAAAAAGCUAGAAAAAAAACAUAUUAUGGAAAUAAUCAUAAUAAUUGUCACAUAUAAAGUGCAAAGGACUGUCAAUCGGUACUUUAUGGAGCUUUGGGAUGUUAUAAACAUACAAACAAAUAUAAUAGGGGAAGUUAUA